CUGCCCUUUGUGAGGGCUCACAGUCAAGUUUCAAUUUAAUUCUUUUUUUUUUUUAAUUCGUAAACAAGCAUGGCAGAAAAAAGAAGAGAUAUAGACACAAGCAAUGGAGGUGCUCUUAUUAAGCGCUCCAAACCAAAUGAAGAAGAAAAGAAUAAAUCGGUCAUCACACUAUCUAAUCAAAGAUCUGGAACCCAAAACGCCAUUGUUGGAACUGUCAAGCGCACUUCAGCAUUAGAAGCACCUGUGAUGCAAUUAACAGGUCAUGGUGGUGAGAUUUAUAGCUGUGAAUUUGACCCUUCAGGAGAGUUUAUUGCAAGUGCAGGAUUCGAUAGACAAAUAUACUUAUGGAACACAUAUGGAGAAGUAAAGAAUUACGGCAUCAUUAAAGGACACGGAAACGCUAUUAUGGAAAUACAUUGGUCUCGAGACUCCAAGCAAAUCUUUAGCUGUUCAGCCGACAAAUCUGUUGGUAUUUUUGAUGUAAAGACAGGCGAUAGAGUGCGAAAAUGGAGAGGUCAUGCAGGCAUUGUGAAUAGCUGUCAAGCAGCUCGUAGAGGUCCAGAAAUUGUUGUGUCUGGCAGUGACGAUUGUACUGUCAAAGUUUGGGAUCCCAGAUCAAAAGAUGCUGUGAGCACCUUUGAAAAUGAAUAUCAAGUAACCUCUGUGUGUUUUAGCGAAGCAGGCGAUAUGGUCUACUCUGCUGGCAUUGAUAACACUGUCAAGGUUUGGGAUGUACGUAAGAAUCAGGUUGCAUACACAAUGGAGGGGCAUUUGGAUACUGUUACUGGUAUGCGUCUAAGUCCCGAUGGCUCAUACUUACUAACAAACUCUAUGGAUAAUACGGUUCGUAUUUGGGAUAUCAAACCAUUUGCACCAAAUGAUCGUUGUCUGAAGGUGUUUGAAGGUGCUCCUCAUGGGUUCGAAAAGAAUUUAAUUAGACCUACAUGGUCAACAGAUGGUACUCAAAUAGCCUGUGGCUCUGCAGAUAGAACAGUCGUCAUUUGGGAAGUCGAUAGCAAGAAAAUUCUUUAUAAGCUUCCUGGACAUAAAGGGUGUGUGAAUGAUGUAGAUUGGCACCCAAGAGAGCCCAUAAUCAUGAGCGCAAGUACUGACAAGACAUUAUUCUUGGGCGAGGUUAAACCAACACGAUCUUGAUGUAAACUGUUGAUUUGCUCCAAGCGGGCCAUUUCAGUGACUGUUGAACUGUAAAAAAUUUUUCAAAAAAAAAUAAAUUGAAGGCUUAAUUGUGAAAGACAAUUAUUCCUUCUCUUUCUCCAACUUAAUCUUACUUAU